AUGCCAGAGUUGCUUGUGGAGGAGCCAGAUUCAGAUCUCCACUCUGCGAUGAAAGCUUGCUCAACUUGCGGCUGCUAUUUCUCCACCAGCAACUGUUACAACACCAAAUUUUAUACUGAUCCAGUGGAAGCGGUGAAAGACAUACCCAAUGGAUCAACACUUCUUGUUGGUGGUUUUGGGCUCUGUGGAAUUCCUGAGAACCUCAUAGCGGGUUUAUUGAAGACCGGUGUAAAAGGGAUAACCGCUGUCAGUAACAAUGCUGGAGUAGACAAUUUUGGGCUCGGCCUUUUACUUCAAACCAAGCAAAUCAAGCGCAUGGUCUCAUCCUAUGUUGGAGAGAAUGCAGAAUUUGAGCGGCAGUAUUUAUCUGGAGAACUGGAAGUUGAGCUUACGCCACAGGGUACACUUGCUGAGCGGAUUCGAGCGGGGGGAGCAGGAAUUCCAGCUUUUUACACCAGCACUGGCUAUGGAACCUUGGUGCAAGAAGGAGGGGCCCCGAUCAAAUACAACAAAGAUGGUACUGUCAUCCUUGCCAGUGAACCAAGAGAGGUACGGGAGUUUGACGGCCGUCAUUUCAUUAUGGAAAAAUCAAUCACAGGAGAUUUUGCAUUAGUCAAGGCAUGGAAGUCUGAUCGUGCUGGGAAUAUCAUUUUCAGGAAAACUGCAAGAAAUUUUAACCAGCCGAUGUGCAAGGCUGCCAGAACAACCAUCGUAGAGGUGGAGGAAAUUGUUGAUGUAGGAGCUUUUGCCGCCGAAGAUAUUCAUGUCCCAAAGAUCUAUGUUCAUCGCCUCAUCCAAGGGGGAAAUUAUGAAAAAAGGAUUGAGCGACUGUCCCUUCGAAAAGCUGAUGACUCACAAACCAAGCAAAAGAAAGCCGGAGACAACGUCAGAGAGAGGAUCAUCCGGCGAGCAGCUCUGGAAUUUGAGGAUGGCAUGUACGCAAAUCUGGGCAUUGGAAUCCCACUGCUUGCCAGCAACUUCAUCAGUCCAGACAUAACAGUUCACCUGCAAAGUGAAAACGGAGUACUUGGUUUGGGGCCUUAUCCACUGCAAGAUGAAGUUGAUCCUGAUCUCAUCAAUGCAGGAAAAGAGACAGUCACCGUGCUUCCAGGAGCUUCCUAUUUCUCUAGCGACGAAUCUUUUGCUAUGAUUAGGGGAGGACAUGUUAAUCUGACUAUGCUUGGAGCAAUGCAGGUGUCCAGACACGGUGAUCUAGCCAACUGGAUGAUUCCUGGCAAGAUGGUGAAAGGGAUGGGGGGUGCCAUGGACUUGGUAUCCAGUGCAAGAACCAAAGUGGUGGUCACCAUGGAGCACUCAGCAAAGGGCAAUGCCCAUAAGAUUUUGGAAAACUGCACGCUGCCAAUUACGGGGAAGAAUUGUGUGGAUCGCAUCAUAACGGAAAAGGCUGUUUUUGACGUGGAUAAGAAAAAGGGAUUGACUCUGAUUGAAAUCUGGGAAGGUCUGUCUGUGGACGAUAUCAAGAAAAGCACCGGCUGUGAAUUUGCUGUAUCACCAAAUCUCCAACCAAUGAAGCAGAUUUCAACCUGAGGAGUAGACAGUGGGGCUUAACUUCCAUGCUUCCAGCGAAGGGGAAUCAAACGUCUUGUUUUUGCAAUUAUGCAUUUUAAAAAGAGGUCUUUGUAAGUAGUUUCUGGUAGUUAGCAUCAGGCUGACUCUUUGUUAUAACUAUGUAAAUGUUUGUUUGCACAUGACAUUGCAGUACAGUUCCCAGAAAAUAAAACCCAUUUGGUACCUAGCUUAUUUAUUAAUCGUUACACUGUUAGUAAGCAUUAGCAAGAGACAAUGCCUUGCAGAUAUGAUCUUAAUACCAUAACUUUGGGCACAGGCAGAGGUUCAUUUUCCACGCACAGAUAAUUCAAAACUGCAAGUGCCUGUACAUUGGCUGCAAUUGCGCACACAGAAAAGGGGAAAAGUCACAGGGUGAUGUGGCAGUGAUCUAAAAACAUAUGUGUAAUUAGGUAUUUGCCUAAAAAGGACCCUUAUUUCCAGAAGGUCACAUAGAUGAAAAGCUGUAUAUAGAGUUGUUUAUAUUCUGUGAUCGCAACAUAACAAGAGCAGAAGUUGAUGACCGCCCCCCCUCCCGCCCUCCUCCCCCCAAGCAAAUGUCUAAUUCCUUAUGACUGGAAGGUUAUCUUUCAGAUGGACAAUGACAGGUAAAGUCUGAGAAACCAGGAAAAUAAUUUUUUAUUUUCAGAAACAAGAGGAUGAAACUUCAGUGUACUGCUUAGUAGCUUCCCUGCUUCACAAAUGGCUAGCAAAAGCAGAAUAAAAUAUAGAAGUGGUAAUGCAGAUAUACUUCAUUGGAAUCAAUGACAUAGAUCAGACAAUCCAGCUUUUGUUAUGCAGAAUCUGGCGCCCCUUGGCAUAGAGUUAUAAUUUGUGCAGAAUAUAUACAGCUCUGGUUGUAUGUGGGACAUACUAGAUUUCAGGUCAACUAGAACAGAAGCUGCUGUAACAGCCCUGUGAGUCUUUUUUACUGACCUUUUAAUAAAUACACGCACAAUUGUAUAGCUCAUUUAAAGUCUGGAUUCUGCUUUUCCAUUUUGAGCAGUAGAUUGUUUACACCGUAAAGUCAGUAAAGUGGCAUUGCACUGGGGCUUUUGUUGUGUCAUCCGUAAGCUGUAAAGCUUUUCCCUGCACUAUCUGAAGCCAAACCCCUUCUUCUGGACUUUAAAGUCGGUGCAGAAUUUUUUCUGGCUUGCAGAAAUCCCCAUUGGAAGAGUCCCAAGAAGUUCUACACCUACAGAGUCUAUUUAAAUGAGCUGUUGAGGUUGAAACUUGCACCACUUAAAUGAGGGAGGUUUUAGAACAAAGGGAAUGUCUGCACCAUAAUUUAAGUGCAGUGGGAUGAUUGAUUCUUGAGAACCAACUACAAAUUGGUGGGCUUGGCCAUGAGAGACCCUUACAUUCUUGGAUAAUACACAAAUCUCACUGGGCAAUAAGGCAAUCACAGAGUGUCUGCAACCCUGUAAGGUAUGUUAGGCUACAAAUAAUUUAAGCAUCUUGGACAGAUGUCAGUGGGACUCUAUGAGUUCCUCUGUCUGUGAGAUCCAUACUUUUACUGCAUUCAUUUCAUCAAGCUUGCGCAGACGGGCUUAUCUACCCACCGGAGUCCCAUUUUCUGCCAAAAUAUGACUCUGUGAUAGCGCUGAGGAAACAAGAGAGGAACCUUUUUUCAAGAAACUCUGCCCUUCACCUGUAUGAUCCAGUACAUUAUUUAAUGUGUAUUGGUUUCUGCCGCUCUUGUUUUGAGGUUUUGAGGUUGAACUUUAGUACUUUGGUAGAGUCUAUUCCUUUCCCAAUCUCUGGCUACUGGUACUUGAACCCAUCAGAAUCAGGGCAGUACCAGCAGCCUAUCAACAUUUCAGGAUUGGGUUUCCAGUGCAUUACUAGAGGGUGCAUGCCAAAUCACCAUACUGCUGCUCAGGAACUUUAUACCUAAAGAGGAGGGUUGGCAUUUUUUCACUCAUGUUGAACUGGGGACAAGUAUGUUGAGACAUGGCAGCUCCUGCUGUGCUAUCGUUUGUGUCAACACUACAACUUAGCCCCUUGACUUCUCUGCUGGUACCUCAUAUUAUGAGGGAUCAGUUGCACUUAAGGCAACCCCACCUCCCUUUUCCCCACAAAAAAUGUUAGGAGAGCCUGGUUGAUUCCUGAAAAGUUUGCAUUCAAUAGUUUGCAUUCAGCAGUCCUGAAAAGUUUGCAUUCAACAGUCCUCAAAGGGCUUUGGAAAGAUAUAUACUGACUCUCUCUUCCCUUUCACUGUAUGUGUGAAGCCCUGGAUCCCUGCCCCAGGUCCUUAUGGGUUAUUGAUGAUAUGACUACCAUGAGUGGCGAGGCAUUUCAGAGCAGGAGGAGUCUGAAAGCACUUAGUAAUUUUCAGACUACACAUAAUAUAAAAUGUAUAAAACUAAAUAACGACAACAGCAAAACUGAACCAAUCCUGUCAGAUUUCCCAAGACUAUGUAUUUUCCCCUCCACUUCACAAAUGUUACUUUCCUUCAUAGCCUGUGUAUCAUUAUACUUGGUUCUGUUCUUUCAGAAGACAAAAGUGAACCUCUGGCCUGUGCAACAAACUUACUGGCAACUGUGCAUCCAUGUCUUUUUAUAUGUACUUGCAAACCGUCAAUAAAACAAGUCGCACAAGAA